AAGCAAUACUGUGAAUACUGUGCAGUCCUGAACGUCCCUGCCAGGAACAAAGAACUGGCGGCAGGGACAGAAAUCUCUGGAGCUGUGCAAGAGUCCAACAGCCCAGCGCUGGCUUUUAUCACAUGCUGGGACAAGGAUGACGUGGAGAGGCGGGGAGUCUGUCCUGCAGAGCCCGGGUGGCAUCGCGGGGCUGGUGGUGGGAUCUGGGGAGCUUCUGCCCCGAUGGCAUCUGUAACCCAGCAUCAGAUCCAGAAGUUCCACAAGGAUGGCUUCCUUGUCCUGGAGCAGUUUUUCAGCGCAGAGGAGUGUGACGAUAUGAGGAGCCAGAUCCAGAAAAUCGUGGCGGAGAUGGAAGUGCCACCGCACUGCCGCACCGCGUUCUCCACCAGGGAGGAGGAGCAGCUCCAAGCACAGGGUAGCUCGGAUUAUUUCCUCACCAGUGGAGACAAGAUUAGAUUCUUCUUUGAAAAAGGUGUUUUGGAUGAGAAAGGUAACUUUCUAAUUCCAAAGGAGAAGUCUGUCAGCAAGAUUGGCCAUGCUCUACAUGCUUAUGAUCCUGUCUUCAAGCAAAUCACCCACUCCCCCAAGGUGCAGGAACUGGGAAGAAAACUAGGCCUUGAGAGACCAGUAGUUGUGCAGAGCAUGUACAUCUUCAAGCAACCUGGCAUUGGUGGUGAAGUGACUCCACACCAAGAUGCCACCUUCCUGCACACGGAGCCUCUGGGCAGGAUCCUGGGGUUCUGGAUUGCCCUGGAAGAUGCCACACAGGAGAAUGGCUGUUUGUGGUUCAUCCCUGGCUCUCACACCAAUGGGAUUACCCGGAGGAUGGUCCGUGCAGCUUCAGGUGCCUCAACAUGUGUAGAGUUUGUAGGCUCAGAGCCAGCCUACGAUGAGAAGCAGUUCAUACCUCUGCCUAUAAGUAAAGGUGGACUCAUCCUCAUCCAUGGUGAGGUUGUCCAUAAGAGUGAACUCAACAGCUCGGAGUCUUCUCGCCACGCAUUCACCUUCCACGUGAUGGAAGCCAAAGGCACCACCUGGAGCAAAGAGAACUGGCUUCAGCCAACUCCUGAACUGCCUUUUCCAUCGCUCUACACUUGAAGUUAGUGACUGGCUUUUGUGGAGUCAAUAGCUGAUCAAUAUUCCUUUUUGAUUGUUCACUCACAAUCUUUUAAAAACAAUCUUCACUAGAUCAGCUCUCAAUGUUCAUUUAUCCUCCUCCUCAAAACCAGGGCCAUUAUCACAGCCCAACACCUGCAGUAGACAGAAGCUUCUACUGCAGCAGGAGCCGUGCCAGUAUGAGAGUAGUCACUAGUCCUUUUGGUAAGGAAACACCUUCAGUCUUGAAAACAAACCAGUUAAGACCAUUGCACAUUGACUGGGACUACUUACCAAGUAUUUCUCCUUGUAGAUACUCAGUAUUUUCUUGUGUUUAAGAGCUUAAGUGCAUUUCUUGUCUGGUUGACUCCAGCAAAGCAGGUGAACAUGCAGGGGAGAAGUUUGAUUUUCACCCCUACGUUUCUGUCUUAUUUUUGGAAUAAGAGUGAUUUAAAGCAAUCUUGUGGAUAAAGUGAAGCAGGAGGUCUGCUUUUUAUAGUCAAUCUAUAGUCAAUCUUCUAAAUACUCCUGGCAGACAGUAGCUAAAUGUUUCAUCUCUGGGUGUGAUUAAAAAUAUGAUAAUUUUUAAAGAUUCCUGUUGAAAUGAUGGAAAAAACCUCAGUCAAACUCUUUACACUUAAAUAAAAAUAUAGAAAUUCUCUUUUUCAUCUCCAUCAUCUUUUCUUUGAGGAAGACACAGUGUGACUUUCUCCCAACAAAUGGGGACAGUGCUAAAUUGUCUGGUGAGCAGCUGGAACUCUAAAUAUGCAAAAGACCAAUUUCUAUCCCCAAACCAGCUUCUAGCAAGGAAUGUUUGGAAAUGCAAGCUACAUCCCAGACUGUAUCCUGAACUGAACAGGAGCUGUGUAGGUGUGAUUUCACCAGCACUGGUGCAGCUCUGGCAACCCUGAGAUAGGAGCACAGUGUCACCAAUGCAGGAAUUAUAGCAGAGUGACCCUAAGGCUGCUGAGGGCACCCAAAUCUUACUGACUCAUCCCUUUCAAAAGUAAAUUGGGGAGCUGGGUCAUGGCAACAGCAGAAACAUUGAAUGCAAAGUUUCUGUAUUCAAAAACUACCUUUUCUACAGUUUGUUUGAAAGUUGGAAGCAGGGUGGAAGGAAAGCAAAUGUCUCUACCUCUGGUGCAAUUUAUGAUGUCAGUGGUGAAGGCUGUGGCUUGUGACAGAAGCAACUCAAGUUUUGUCUGUGUCUUUACAUGAGAGGAGUUAAUAAUUUAGAAUUCUGCUGAGGAGGGAUAAUUUGUCCUGACUUGCACCACUACCUGCAGUAUGCAAAAUCAUCUAUUUCAAGUGCAUAAAUAAAAUUAAAAAAAAGCUGGAUUGAUUGGCAGGAUUUCCUGUUAAACAUGAAGGAAACAGCCCAGCAGUUACUGAGUUUGGUUUCCUACAGAGUAUCUGACAAUUUACUGUGUUAAUAACCAGCUCUGGCCAACUCUGGCAUCCUCAGGAAAAGCAGCACCAAAUCCCAGGAGCCCUUCCCAGGCAGGGGGAUGAAUUGGGCAAUGCUGCUUCUCAGCUGUUCUAGUCCUGGCUUGUUGCAGGGGCACAAAAUAUUGGAUUCUGGAACCAAUUCUGCUGACCCAGGGACUGGUUUCACUCCACCCCUGGUCUUAUGCACCCUCCUAAGGCAUGGUCUCAGAGCUACAGGACUGUGUUGUGUAAGGUACCUUGGACUUCCCCCAAACUGUUCCCAAAAGUGAAUUAAAAAACUGCCAGAAGUGAACUUCAUAAUGCAAACUAGAAUCCUGGAAUCACAAUCUCCUCCUUAGACACAUCAAGGACACUUGUGUUUUGUUCUAAUGGACACUGGGCAAACCAGUGAGAAGAGACUGCUGAUACAGGAAGGUUUCAUACAUAGAAGUGUUCUCUUUGACCACAAAAUGGUAGCUGUAAUUUUAAUUAAAUGGAUGGAAUUCAGUACCUUUAGU